AUGUCCCACUCAGAUAUCAGGUGCCCCCACAACCGACCUGUUCAAAUGCUACCUCAUCCCUGCUUCAGACUCAAGCAGUUCAUUGAGGCCAUCUGGUUGGUUCAGUGCAGAUAUGUUCCCCCCCAAGCUCCAGGACCAUAUGGUUGGCCUUACUGCCCGGAAGGUGAAGACUGUUUAAUUCAUGCACAACAUGAUGGCGACAGCCUCACGAAUGUUACGGACGACAACACCGACAUCUCAGUCGAUGACACAGACUGUGGUGGCCUUGCGGAUCAAGUUGCAGAGGACCACGCCGAUGUCUCAAUCGAUGACAUUUGGAUCGGCCCCGCGGAUGAUGUUGCUGAUGAUGCUGAUGAUGAUUCCAGUUUGCAGUCCGACCCUCUCACCAGUGGUGGGGAAGAAGAUGCGCCAGAAUAUCAGGCCAUCGAUGCCAAUGCUAGUGUCGAAACACUUGUUGAUAUUGACCCUGCUAGUCGGUAUAACUGGUUCGUAAGUGUGGGUCAUUCUGGAGUCGGACUAUUUAGUGACAUCUAUACUGCCCCCAAAAUGUGUGCUACCGGCACUUCCGUGUAUUACUUUAGCAUGCUCGAUGCAGCCAGGGAACAUCUCUGGCGUAUGUUGAACAUGUGGUGUGGCGAGGCCACUAUGCUCUAG